AUGCGGCGCCAGCUACAGACACUUUUCCAGAGGAAGUUUAAAAUUGGUCUCUUCUUUCUCCUGCUCUUGGCCUUCCUGAUACACCUGGUAAUGGACUUGGCUCUCCCUUCCACUCGCAGGCCCUGCAGCUGUGAUCAAAACCCAGCAAAAGCCGUGGGUGUCCCAGCAGGCAGCCGGCUGGUGGCUGGCCCCAAAAAGCUGAGCCUGCGGAUCCUUCAGGAUUUCAGUGGCAGCAACGGCUCCUUGGAGAAGAGCUCUCAUGCACAGGGAGCAGGGCCUCAAGCCAAGGAUGGAGACUGGGAGAUCCACCGCCAGCGCGGAGAUGUGAAUCUUGUGGGGACCAAGGGCUCAAAACUGGCUGCUCUCUUCGAGCAUCCUCUUUAUAAGGUCCCGAUUCCAGAGGUCACAGACGGAGACAAGCUGUUUGUUGUCAACCCCACGGAGAAGUUCAGCCUGAGAAGCAGUGCGAGUGAUGAAUGGGUCAGCAACAGUAAAGCCGAGAUGGUCCUUCCGACAGGGAAGACGGCCUACGACACCUAUCCCUCCUGGCUCAAAUUCCAUGUCGGCAUCAACCGCUAUGAGCUGUAUCCUCGCCAGGACCCGCUGAUGCCUGCUCUCCUCAAGGACCUGGCCACCCUGAAGAUCGUCAGUUCGGUCCAGAAGUCUGGUGGGACGCAGCUCAAGCUCAUCAUGACAUUCCCGAAUUAUGGGCAGGCCCUCUUCAAGCCCAUGAAGCAGACCCGGGACCAGGAGACCCCCGUUGACUUCUUCUACUUCUCGGACUUUGAGCGGCACAAUGCAGAGAUUGCAGCAUUUCACCUGGACAGGAUUCUGGAUUUCCGGAGAAUCCCACCGGUUUCUGGCCGUUUGGUGAAUAUAACACAGGAGAUUCGUGACAUCACGACCGACAAGAAACUGGCCAAGACUUUCUUCAUCUCCCCAGCUGGCAAUGUCUGCUUCUACGGCGAGUGCUCCUACUACUGCUCCACGGAGCACGCUUUGUGCGGCAAGCCGGACCAGCUGGAGGGCUCCAUGGCAGCCUUGCUGCCAGACAAGGCCCUGGCCAAACGCCGCUCGUGGCGCAGCCCCUGGAGACGCUCCUACCAUAAGAGCAAGAAGGCCGAGUGGGAGCUGAACCCCAACUACUGUGCUCAGGUGAAGGAGACCCCUCCAUACAACAGUGGCCAUCGCCUUCUUGACCUUAUUGAUAUGACCGUGCUUGACUUUCUUAUGGGCAAUAUGGACCGGCACCACUAUGAGACCUUUGAGAAAUUUGGCAACGACACUUUCCUGCUUCACCUGGACAACGGCCGAGGCUUUGGCACCCAUUCGCAUGACGAGAUGUCCAUCCUGGCGCCGCUCCAGCAGUGCUGCAGGAUAAAGAAGUCGACCUACCUGCGCCUGCGCCCGUAUGAGGAAGGGGCCAGGCGGUCGGUGACUCAAGGGGAUGCGAGAGCUGCAGCUAUUGCAGCAUCUCCUUUGUGUGUGGUGGCCCCCAAGCAGGAGCUGCAGCUCUAG